AUGACAGAUUUUGGAAAAGAUGAAACAAUCCACCUGCAGAGAGAUUGCUUCGUUGAGAAGGUUAGUGGUGGUCAAAAUCGUAUAAAGCAUAUUAGGAAGUUGAACAUGCAAUCAGGAGAUUCUAUGAGCCCAAUGACAUCAAGAAGUAAGAUCACUUUAUUUCUGACUGUUAGCUUUUCCGGGCAUCCUUCUCCUGACUUGAGGACCAGAGAUGUAUCUCUCUAUGCUGAGAUGAAAGUUGGAAACAAGCAUCAUGAAAUCAUAUGUGCUAUUUAUGCCAAAGGAUGGUGCAUCAGGGGUAAUUCUUGUAGUUUUCUUCAUAUAAAAGACCCUGAAAAUAAAUCCGGCCAGCAGAUUGAAGGAGAAUUGGUUACUCAGAAUUGGAAGAGAGAAGUCCAACCAGAGGAAGGUACUGGAGAUGAUGUUAAGAGAUCAAGGAUGCCUUAUACUCAAGUUCCGUUGGCUGCCACACAAGAAAGAACAUUUCAGUAUUCAUCUGAAUUUUCCUCAAACCCCAUCAUCCAGAAAGAAGUAAGCCCAAGCUGGCAUCCAAAUAAAAGCUGGUCUGUCUCCUCCUUCCCUUCCAGUCUAACCCAUACAGAGGGAAUGACUACCACUCAACGCCUAGACAUGCAUCAUGGAUAUACAUCCCAAUUUGAGAGUCAUUCACCUAAUGUAAACAUGGCUACUCACCUUCCAACUGCAUGUAUAUCGCUGUCCCAUCACAUUCCUUCCCGAUCAGGAUGUUCAUUGUCUUUUAGUGGAUCCAUAAGUGAAAGUUCUAUGGAUUCUCAACAACUUCUGAACAGUGGCAUGGCUUGUCAUGACAGAAGAUCCCCUUUCUCUGGUUCAAAAAGGGAAGGUUUGGCUCUAAAUGGUUCAUUUGGGGUCCCACCACACCCAACUGGAUGUACAUUAAAUUUCUCUUCAUAUGAUUGGGAGCCGUCCAUACCUUUCAAACCAUCUUUUUUUAUUACUUCUUCAGGUAGAUCAUCUGUUGAAGAUCAAAAAGACCCUUUUGACAUUAUUGUUGAGAUACCCAAUACAGGGGAUGAAUCCUUGAAGGCUUUCAUUUUAUUUCAAAGAACAUCCAUUCGGACUUCAUCUCAGGUUCCUACAAAUGGUGAGUCUGUUGAAGCUGCAAAUCGGGGUUCAGAUCUUCGUGGUGCCAAAAGUUCUGUAUCUUCUCAUCAUAGAUGUAAUAAAACAGAACCAGAGAAGAAUUGUGUUCCUCAUGAAAAAAGUUUUGUUACAGCUGAAGCAGAUACAAUGGCAGCAACAUAUCUAAAUUGCCAAUUUUGA